UUUUACACCUGUUCACAUAACUAUGACAGGUUUGUAUUGCUCUUAGGAUUACAGCUGCCUUUAAGCGCUGGAGGAAAUUUCCAUUUAGUUCAAUUUCUGAGUGUCAGACUGAGAAGCUGAGGGUCACUGGAUUGAUUCCAGCUGGUGGAUCGAAGCACAUUACUGUCUCAUUCCUGUAACACAGUAGAUAUGUAAUCUUUGCCUCCAAUAGACCUGGAACAUCUACAUAAAUGGGAGGACACCUUGCAAACACAGUUAAACCAUGAGAAGUGUUGUCAUGCACAUUAGCCAGAAUAGAAAUCUGCAGACAUCAGAUACAAAUGUACGGCAGGAAUGGUUAGGAGGGUGUUUGUGAACCAGACUGAACUAGUUUACACUUCUGUGUGAUCUACCAGGGAGUCAGGGCCAUGUUCAGCUCAGACCUUGCUUAUGCUUCUCGGUUUGAUGAAGAUAAUUGGGGUAGUCCUCCCAGCUAUCUCUCGCUGAAUAACCCAGUUAUCCAGCACCCAUGGAAGCUGUCAACCGAUACAGAUUCCCUCCACAUGGACUUCAUACUCAUCGCAGAGUUCUCAGAACUGGAAGGUCCCAAGCCAGUUAUAACAAUUCCAAAAGAUGGUGCUGGAUUAUUUGAUAUCAGCGAAUUUGCAGUGCGAAUUAUGUCUGUGGACCAGGCGACAGCAGUGUCUGGGGGAUUCCAAAUGACAGAAGAUUCCCAAGUCAUUCUAUCAGAAAAAAGUAAAUGUGUCUAUGCAUUUGUUCAUCAUUUUGUCCUAUUUGACAAACAAGCAAGAGGAUAUGUUCGGCCAUUUGCUGUCAGCUAUGUUACAAAUGACCAAAGAAAACUGAUGUGUUGCUACGAAGAGCUGAGUUCUCAUCUCAAGAAGGUGGCAAGAUAUUUCAAAUAUGGUAACAGGAUGGUAUUUAAAAAUGAAGUGGACAGAUAUUUGAUGGAUCUUGAAUAUACUAAAGCACAAGAGUUGCCUCACUAUCGUACUGUGCUGAAUAACACCCAGGCCAACACAGGAGUCACCGAGAAGGAACUUUUACAGAAUCUAAAAACUCUCGAGUCGGUGAUCACAGAGGUCAAAACCAUUCUUGACACCAUCUGUGCUACCAUGACUGAUAAACGACUGGAGCAGAGAUUUGCUCGUCUAGAGGAAAACUUCAAGGUGAAGACUGAUCAGCAGAAACAGAAAUCUGACCUAGCCAACAGUCUGAGGGACUUGGAAGGUCCAGAUAUACCUCUAACACAAAUCUGUGGUCUUUAUGGUGCAGGCAAGGAAAACGAAAGUCUCAUGUUCUUCAACUCUCACAACUAUAAGCCUAAACGAAUACAAAUCACUGGAUCUCGAAAGUUUGACCUACAUCUCAGAGGACUGCAUGAACUCUGCUCUUGGGGCUUCAAGGAUGGAAUACAAAAGCUGAAAGAGAUGCAUAGGCAUUUCCAGCAGGAUCUAUGUGUACUGGAGGUGGAGCGGGUCGAGACCUAUAGUCUAGAUCCCCUUUCUGGAGUGCUGAUGUUUGGUACCAGCUUUGUGGCCUGUAACUUCAUGAAUGAUGUGGACAAGCUGUGCGUGGGGUCGUGCUGCAGUAUACAGAGGUCAAGGGCAAUACCGAACAGACAGCUGAGUAGAUGGUCUUCUAAUGACACCCUGGAGAGUUACAAGUCUGCAGCAAGUUCCUUCAGGUCCCUCCCUGAUAUGGAGGAUUCCGAGUCCCUGGUGUCUGUCAGCAGUAUAGAUGGGUCAUUCUCUAGUUAUAGUGGGAAAGAUUUCAGACGGAGCAGCGAGGAUGGUUUGGAAUCUGUGCAGACCUCUGACACGGAGGCCACAUCUUUCUCCUCAGAUUUCUCAUUCAUUUCACGACAAGAUGGUUCGCUGUCCUCAAUUGAUAAAACUCUUUUAAAUGAAAACCCAGAAUCAUUAUUCAGUAAACUUCAUUCUGCAAGUAAUCCAAAUGCUACUAGUCUAAAUAAGAGUCCAAUCAACAAUAUUCCUUUGGUGCAUGGAAGAAACCUUCUCCACUUAGAGUCCUCAACAACCGAACCUGUUGAAAACCCAGCCUGUCGUGGGUGUAAAGUGGUGCAGUGUAAUGUGGGCUGUCCGGGCCAGACAAUGUGUACCUGCUCCUGGAGCAGUGGAGAAACAGUUACACCUUCAGCUGAUAUUGAAGAUUUUAAGUUGAAUGCUGAUGGGUCAGCAGGAAGUGCAAAAAAAGAACAUCUAGAUACUCCAAGUGAAUCGAAGCAAGGGAAAUGUGAUAUAAGAAAUGGUUGCCCUAUGAACACUGAAGGACUUGGCUGCCAAGAAGAUUUUGAACAGCUUAGCCUUCAACAUCAGUCCUCACACCUGAGCUUUAAGGAUCCUUCAGAUUCCACCAAUCAACAAGUAGAUGAAAGCAAUACUGACAGUUCUCCUGCCUUUUGCUCCCCUAUGAAAGUAACUGGCAGCCUGUCUACUUCCAAAGAGAGCCUCAACUCCGCCCAGGGUAUAUACAAACUGCUGAAUAACUAUAACAACAUGCAUCAUGUCAUAUACAGCCUGUUGACAGGACGACCUGUUAUUGUCAUAGCAACAGCAUCAUUUGAAAAGGAUGUAAAGGAAAUAGUUCGUGCCCUCCAGCACUUUCUACCAAACAACCCAAGGUGCCCAGGUGGUGCCAACCCUAACUGCUGUUUGACCUGGCUGUCUCACAUUCCUAAAAUCACUGACCUAGGAGGAAUGAAACUUGUGGGCGUGUGUCGGCCAGAGAAGAAACCAAUGGACAGAUUUAUCACUCCAGCAUUCAAGAGAUUUGUCACAAUACUAGAUGUAGACAGACGAUUACUUCUGUCUCCAAUGUAUCAGGGAAGUUUCCUGACACUGCUAAUCAGCAAGAAGAAAUCAUUCAAGUUUGAGUCUGAUGCCUUGCUUGCUUAUGUUAAAGGAUUGCUGUCAGAAAUCUCAUCAAAAGCCUUCAUCUUCUUCCACCUGUUCUGCCUGGGUGGAGCCGGCACUUAUGCAAGUGGUUACAGUCUUCAUGCUCGGAGCAAGUCAUUCCAGCAGACUGUGGUGGCCUUCCUCACCAGAUUAGGGGCGCUGGACAGUGACGCAGUCAUUAUACAGUACCUGGCAGAGGUGAUCAAACACCAGCACAUUGAGAACCAUUACUACACCACCAGUAAUACAGGAGUGCCAGUCAGACCCCUGCUUCUACGAAACCAAAACUGUCAAACGUUUAAAUGCUGAAACCAAUAAAUUCUCCUUGCACUGCCAAAAGAGAAGUUACCAGGAGUCAACACUUACUAGAAUUAUUGAUAGUGAUGUUAGGAAAUGUCUAUUAGUUGUUUGUGUAUAUCAACUUAAGUCUAUAACAUUCCACUUUUUUUUAUAAAUAAUGUACAAUUAUGUGAUUGUGAGCAUGUAAGACUGUUUUUUACAUUUCAGAGAUAUAUGCUACCUGUUAAAAUAACUGCCAUGUUUGAUAUUGCUAAGAUGUAUUUAAUCACACAGAUGUUGGACUUCAAUAUUUUGGUUUUAAUUUGCGAAAUUAGAGGUACAUUUUCUAUAUUACGUUAUAUUUGAUUACAAAAAAAAAAAAAAAAAAAAAAAAAAAUAAA